AUGGCCGAUCAAUCCAUGCAUGUCACCGGCAACCCAGCUCCCUCUGCCACCGGCCACAGAAAUCCCGCCACCGUAUACCCUUAUGAUUCCCCGGCUAUAAAUGCUCCACAAAUUCAAGCCCCACCCGCGUCCAAACUACGCAUACACAAAUUCUUCAUCUUUCUCGGCGUUUCCAUCUUCAUCACCGGCCUCUUAAGCUUGAUAACUUGGCGGAUUUGGCUCUCUUUCAUCGGCUACCCUCAGUUCCAAUUCAUCGUUCGGAACCCUAAUCCAAAAAUUAGUGUUUACUGCGAUCACAUCCGAGUUGCUAUUAUCUACCACUUCUGCUCAAUUUCAGAGACAACUGUGCCACCUUUCUUGCAGGAAACGAAGAAUGAGACUGCAAUUAGAGCAAGAUUUACUUUUUCUGGGAAGAAGGUGCGAUAUUAUUAUGAUGACAUCGGUGGUGGGUUUAUAAAAAUCGAUCUGUGGAUGAUCGUUAGGGUUAAGCCUAGUGUUUAUGGAGCUUCACGGACGAGGUUGAGGGUUUAUUGCCAUGAUUUAACAAUUCUGGUUUCUUCAAAGACUAAUGGUGGAGCUCUGGUUGAUAGUCCGAAGAAAUGUUGGGUGGACAGCGCCGGGGCGUUUGUGAAAAUCAAGCCACCAAAACUUUAUCAUUGCUCGUUUAGACUAUUUUAG